CUUUAACUACAAAAUGAAUUGAACAUUUCAAAAUAGGUUUGUUUUUGUUACAGAGAUGUAUGUUUCGUCGUUAUUCCUCCCAUCUGUCUUUCUAUUAAUCUUGUGGCUAGGAGUAGUAACAGAUGCUCGAGAAGCCCAGACCCUUCACGUGACGUGUAAGUACCCUGACGGCGUGAGACACACCUGCAGCACUUACGAGCCGUGCGUCUCCUGCAUUGACUCGUGGAAGCAUGUAUACCAUCGCUGCAGCAAGUGUAACGGGGACGACUCCAACCACUGGUACGACCCGCAAAAGCUGCCCAAGCACCUCAAGUACUACACUAAAGUCUGCUUGAAGAAAAAGCGUUGCUCGGUCUGCCCAGUCUGUCAGCAAAUCAGAGACGGCUACAAGCACGAUCCCUACUUGGGUUGUGAUGGCUGCGAGAGUGGACACGACUAUGUACCUGCUUGAUAAAUAUAUUUACAGCUUGAAUUACUUUAAUUAACUACGUUUUGGUCAUUAUGAAGAAAGAUUUUUAAGGUAAAUUUUUAUCACACACAGCAACAAUGUUUUUAUCAGUUUCCUCAGUAAUACAGCUUAACUUACGAAUUUUCUUAUUUCAGAGCAGCAUUGUAUCCUA